AUGGUGCAGGUAACGCCCCUGGGCCGAAAGGAGAUCAAGGCAAAGGACCUUCUCCGCCAGCUCCAGCUGGAAGCUGAGGAGCAGAGGAAGCAGAAGAAGCGUCAGAACGUUUCUGGAUUGCACAACCUGGACGUGGGCAACAACCAGCUGCGGGAGCUGCCCGCCGCCCUGGCCGACUGCCCCCGCCUGAAGGAAGCCAACUUCAAGGGCAACCAGCUGAAGGACAAGCGGCUGGAGAAGAUGGUCAACAGCUGCCAGAUGAAGGCCAUCCUGGAGUACCUGCGGGCCGGCGGCCGCGGGAAGGGGAAAGCCGAGAGCGGCAGAGAGGAGGCCAGGAAGAAGAAGAGGGAGAAGCAACAGAGGAAGGAUGGCGUGGACGGGGAGCAGGACGAGCUGGAGGAAGCGAGCAAGCUGCUGGUGAAGGUGCUGCACGUCUCCGAAAACCCAGCACCCUUGGUGGUCAAAGCGAGCCCGGGCGUCAAAGAUGUUCGAGCCUUCAUUGUGUGCUGCGUGCUGAAGGGAGUCAACCUGAAACCAGGAAAUGCUCUGAAGAGGUUCUUGUCUGCACAGAGCCUGGACGUGGGCAACAACCAGCUGCGGGAGCUGCCCGCUGCCCUGGCCGACUGCCCCCGCCUGAAGGAAGCCAACUUCAAGGGCAACCAGCUGAAGGACAAGCGGCUGGAGAAGAUGGUCAACAGCUGCCAGAUGAAGGCCAUCCUGGAGUACCUGCGGGCCGGCGGCCGCGGGAAGGGGAAAGCCGAGAGCGGCAGAGAGGAGGCCAGGAAGAAGAAGAGGGAGAAGCAACAGAGGAAGGAUGGCGUGGACGGGGAGCAGGACGAGCUGGAGGAAGCGAGCAAGCUGCUGGUGAAGGUGCUGCACGUCUCCGAAAACCCAGCACCCUUGGUGGUCAAAGCGAGCCCGGGCGUCAAAGAUGUUCGAGCCUUCAUUGUGUGCUGCGUGCUGAAGGGAGUCAACCUGAAACCAGGAAAUGCUCUGAAGAGGUUCUUGUCUGCACAGACUAAGCUGCAUGAAGACAUCUGUGAGAAGAGGACAGCAGCCACAAUCGCCACCCACGACCUGCAGCUGAUCAAAGGUCCCCUGCUCUAUGAUGUUCAGCCCCCCGAGGAGCUGAAGGUAACGCCCCUGGGCCGAAAGGAGAUCAAGGCAAAGGACCUUCUCCGCCAGCUCCAGCUGGAAGCUGAGGAGCAGAGGAAGCAGAAGAAGCGUCAGAACGUUUCUGGAUUGCACAAGUAUCUCCAGUUACUGGAUGGCAAAGAUAACUACCCCUGCCUGGUGGAUGCCGAAGGCGUUGUGAUUUCUUUCCCACCAAUAACCAAUAGUGAGAAAACAAAGAUCAGAAAAGAAACCCGGGAUCUGUUUCUGGAAGUGACCAGCGACACCAGUUUACAGAUCUGCAAAGACGUCAUGGACACACUAAUUCUGAAAAUUGCGGAGCUGAACAGAGUUACCUUGGAAAAUAAGGAAGACUCGGGCUCGGAUAACGAAUCUGAUACUCUUAGUGGACCAGGGAAUUUGAACCCCAGCCAGAAUGUGCAGCCACUGGUAGUGGAGCAGGUUCGAGUGGUGGACACAGAUGGAAACUUGAAAGUACUUUAUCCUUCAAAAACUGACCUGACCACUGUUUCCUCUCUUCUGACUGUAAUACGUUAGCAGCUGUCAAAGCUCAGAAAGUCAUUCAAUUGUUUUUUUUUCCAUAUUGAGCAAUGCAAGUGGU